AUGGGAGUGAAACAAGCUAUAAAGAGCUUGGAUGCGUUUCCUCGUGCGGAAGAGCACCUGAUGCAAAAAACACAAGCUGGGGCUCUUGUUUCUGUCAUCGGGCUAGUCAUAAUGGCUACGUUGUUCUACCAUGAGUUGUCGUAUUAUCUUACUACAUAUACAGUCCAUCAGAUGUCUGUAGACUUGAAACGUGGAGAAACUCUUCCAAUUCACAUUAAUAUAACAUUUCCUUCUUUACCUUGUGAUGUUGUGAGUGUGGAUGCAAUUGACAUGUCGGGCAAGCAUGAAGUGGAUCUUGAUACAAACAUAUGGAAGCUUCGCAUAAACACUCAUGGCCAUAUCACUGGCAGUGAAUAUUUGUCAGACCUCGUAGAAAAGGAACAUGAAGCUCAGAACCAUGAUCAUGAUAAAGAUCAUCAGGAGGAUUCCUCUGCAAAACAUCAUACUUAUGGCUUUGAUGAUGCUGCUGAAACUAUGAUCAAGAAGGUGAAGCAAGCAUUGGCAAAUGGAGAAGGAUGUCGGGUUUAUGGGGUUCUAGAUGUCCAAAGGGUUGCUGGCAACUUUCAUAUUUCAGUUCAUGGGUUAAACAUCUUUGUUGCUCAAAUGAUUUUUGACGGAGCUAAGCAUGUCAAUGUAAGUCAUAUUAUCCAUGACUUAUCAUUUGGACCAAAAUAUCCUGGAAUUCACAACCCUCUUGAUGAGACAGUGCGGAUUCUGCAUGAAGCAAGUGGAACAUUCAAAUAUUACAUCAAGAUUGUUCCAACCGAGUACAGGUACAUCUCCAAAGAAGUUUUGCCAACUAAUCAAUUCUCUGUUACUGAGUACUUUUCUCCCAUGAUGGAUCAUGAUAGGACGUGGCCAGCUGUUUACUUCUUGUAUGAUUUGUCACCUAUCACUGUCACAAUCAAAGAAGAACGGCGUAGCUUUCUUCAUUUUAUCACUCGGCUCUGUGCAGUUUUAGGGGGUACAUUUGCUUUAACAGGAAUGCUAGAUCGGUGGAUGUACAGGCUUCUUGAGGCUCUGACUAAACCAAACCCUAGAAGCGUGCUUCGAUAG